AUGGACGCCCACGAUUAUAUUCCCCCGCCGGAGUUCGACGUCGGCAGCCUACGCGCCGCCAAGGUGCUUGGCAGAGGCGCUACCGGAAUAGUCUUCCUCGCCCGCGAUACCUCAUCGCCCCACCAUCCCCCCUUCGCCCUCAAGGUGGUCGACGAGUCCGUCGCCCACCCCCACGCCGCCCGUCGCGCCCGACACGAGAUCUCCGUCCUCCGACGCCUCUCCUCCGGGGCCGAUGGUGGCGCGGGCCACCCCUUCCUCCCCCUCCUUCUCGGCUCCUCCGAGGGCGGGGGGCUCAUCUGCUGGGCCACCCCCUUCUGCCCCGGCGGCGAUCUCAACGACCUCCGUCACCGCCAGCACGACCGCGCCUUCUCCCCCGCCGUCAUCCGCUUCUACCUGGCGGAGAUCGUCUGCGCGCUCGAACACCUACACCGCCGCGGCAUCGUGUACAGGGACCUAAAGCCGGAGAACGUCCUCGUGCAGCGGUCGGGCCACGUGACCCUCACCGACUUCGAUCUGUCGCGUGACCUGCACGUCCCGACCCCAAAACCAGAAAUUCCGGUGGAUGAAAAUCCUGUCAGGCGCCCGCCCGCGACCCGUAACUUCACGCGCCUGAUUUUCCCCGGCAGAGGAAACCACGCUCAACAAAACAAAAAUAAAAAGGGAACUAAAAAGCCGAAAAGCGCGCGUGUCUCACCUGUAAGCCGGAGGCCGAACCCCGGUGACCUUCCAACCAACGAGCGCUCGAACUCAUUCGUCGGAACCGUGGAAUACGUCGCGCCGGAGGUCAUACGCGGCGACGGCUACGAGUUCGCCGUCGAUUGGUGGGCCCUGGGCGUGCUCUGCUACGAGAUGCUGUACGGUGCGACGCCGUUUAAGGGGCGGAAUCGGAAGGAGACCUUCCAGAAAAUACUGCUGGCCGAGCCGGCAUUCAUGGGUAAACCCGACGCGCUCACGGAUUUGAUAAAAGGGCUGCUGGAAAAGGAUCCCACGCGCCGUCUGGGGUACGGCCGAGGCGCGUGUGAAGUCAAGGAGCACGAGUUUUUCCGGGGGCUGAGGUGGGAUUUACUGAUGGAAGUUUCACGGCCGCCGUUUCUGCCGUCAGCAGGUGACGAGGCUGAUACGGCGGAAUGGGGGACUGAUGUAACUGAGUAUUUUCAGAAACUCAGGCAGCCGCCGUCGCCCUCACGGUCGCCGUCGAUAGAUGAGUGUCGGAAUAAUUUCUCGUUAACGGAGUUCUGA